UGUGUAGCGUGUGUACGGCUUUGUUUCUUCUUUUCUCUAAAGUGGUUUGCACAGUCAGUCUAGAUCUCAGCCAGAUACAAGUUUAUCCAGCAAAUAGUGAAGUAUUUUUAGUCAUGUCGAAGCAGUACAGCUUUAAUGCCACCCAAGCUGUAGAAGUUUGCUCAAACCUAAGUGUUAGAAUAGCUACACGUGAUCAAGUGGAAUCUGCAUACAAUAACGGCUUACAGACAUGCAGAUAUGGUUGGAUUGAGGAGCAAGUUGCUGUUAUUCCACGAAUUGAGAAAAAUGAUAAGUGUGGACAAAGUAAAACUGGGGUCCUUGUUUGGAGAGCCCCUCCUGCCAAGUUAUUUGAUGUGUUUUGCUACAAUUCAACAGCUCAAAGUGAAGCAUCGACAACCACCACUCCGAGUACAACAGCACCUAAUGAGACGCCUCAUGCUAAAACAACCUCCCUAUUGCUCAUUAUGUCAACUCUGUUCAACAAAAAUAUCCUCACUUCCUCCCCAUCUGCACAAUCGUCCAGUUUCAGCACCUCUACCAAAUCUAAAUUGUUUCCUUCCACUAUCAGCUCUGUAAACACCAGAAGCCCUCGAUCCUCCCCACCCUCUACUGCCCAGUUCAGCAUCCAGUACCAGCUCUUCACUUCCUCGCUGAUACCUUUGAAGCCAUCUAUAGUUUCCACGUCUUCUGUAUCGCAUUCGUCUUCUAUGACUUCUAUAACAUCUACGUCUUUCUCUUCUACUUCUCUGUCCUUACAUCUAUUUACACACUCCAGCUUUCUGACUGUUUCAACCAACCAGACAGAUCACACACAAUCCCCACAAUCCUUAGAUACAAGAAGAUUUUACUUUGGAGAGGUUGCACUAGCAUGUAUCAUCAUCGCUGCCAUGCUCUUCUUAAUGGCAGGGCUGGGAGCAGUCUGGUAUUUCAAGAUUAAACGAUCACACCAUCUUCCGUCAUGGGUUCGAAUCCGAACCAAGGACAUGUUCGAGACUGAGAUGUACACAGAGCAAGAACACUACAGCAAGCAGAAUAAAAACAAGAGCUGUGCAGAUGACAUAACUCUCAUGAUGGAAGAAUACUCAGAACCAUGCUAAUAUCACUGUCCUGCUAUAAGGAAUGAGUCUUCUGCUAGUGGUUUCACAAAGACCUGUUAGAGGAAAAUAAAAGCUCGGUUGAGACUGAGGACACCAGAUUGGAGGCUGCUUUCUUUUACUAUGUAUAAGUGGAUGACUAAUGAAUGCACAUUUACCUAUAACAUGUUUAAGUGUUAUUUUCCCUCUACUUUUUUAUUGUAACAUUUAACUGUAACAGCUUGUGUGCUGAUAAAGACAUUCAGGAGAAAA